UUCUAGGUGAGUCCAUCUGACACACCGAGGAGGGAGCGCGGCUGAAGGAGAACGCGGCUGCCACUGCGUGAUCGGGACGCCCCGCGUCAGUGUCUGUCGCCUUCCAGGCCGACGCAGCCAGGGCAUAAAGUGUGCUUGAAGCGACCUAUUCGGCUGACCCCCAUCAUGAACCGGGCUUUUAGCAGAAAGAAAGACAAAACAUGGAUGCACACGCCUGAAGCUUUAUCAAAACACUACAUUCCCUACAAUGCAAAGUUUCUCGGCAGCACGGAGGUGGAGCAGCCCAAAGGCACCGAGGUCGUGCGGGACGCCGUGAGGAAGCUGAAGUUUGCAAGACAUAUCAAGAAAUCUGAAGGCCAGAAAAUUCCGAAAGUUGAGUUGCAAAUAUCAAUUUAUGGAGUAAAAAUCCUAGAACCCAAAACCAAGGAAGUCCAGCACAACUGCCAGCUGCACCGAAUAUCGUUCUGCGCCGACGACAAGACGGACAAGAGGAUCUUCACUUUCAUCUGCAAAGAUUCCGAGUCCAAUAAGCACCUGUGCUACGUCUUUGACAGCGAGAAGUGUGCGGAAGAGAUCACUUUAACCAUCGGCCAAGCGUUUAACCUGGCAUACCGGAAAUUCCUAGAAUCUGGAGGCAAGGAUGUCGAAACUAGAAAACAGAUCGCAGGGCUCCAGAAAAGAAUUCAAGACUUGGAAGCAGAAAACGUGGAGCUUAAAAACAAAGUACAAGAUCUGGAAAACCAGUUGCGAGUAACGCAGGUGUCAGCAUCCCCAGCCGGCAGCGUGUCGCCUCAGUCGCCCUCCACGGACAUCUUCGACAUGGUUCCCUUUUCCCCCACCUCCCACCCGCCGGCCGUGCCCACGCCCAACGGCACGCAGCCGCCCCCAGUGCCGGGCAGAGCUGCCGCGAUCAAACGAGACCUGUUCGGAGCAGAGCCCUUCGACCCGUUCAGCUGUGCGGCAGGCGACUUCCCUCCAGACAUUCAAUCAAAACUGGAUGAAAUGCAGGAGGGGUUCAAAAUGGGACUGACUCUGGAAGGCACGGUAUUUUGUCUGGACCCCGUGGACAGCAAGUGCUGAUGUCAAGAGGAGAGUGCCUGGUUCAUGUUAAACUUGUUUGGUCUGCACAUACGUCUGUGAUUACUUUACGGCAGGUCUUAUCCAUGUGCCAAUAUAUUUUUUAAUAUCUUCACUUUCUGAAAAUUAUUUCCGUAAAAUUUCCUCAUACCUUCACUAUUGAUCUGUAACAUUUUAUUUUAAAGACAACUCACUGUAUUCUUUUGUGUUCCUGUCUGUUUCUGUUGUAAAAGAAUUUCUACUCAAAGGACAAAUGAUCCAAAUCUCUCUCUUGUGUUUGAGUUCUGCAGCGUUCGCACCUUGAAAUCUGUGUCCAGACUCCAGGCUGAUUUCCCAAAAGCCAUACCUUAAUGAAACCUUUGAAAGUCCUAAAGGGAUAUACCAAUGCCAAACUGAAUACUACAUCCAAACUAAUAAACAUGAUACCAGAUGUCAUUUUAUGUAUGAAGCGCUGUUUCCUAUCAUUGAGAAAAUGUAAACUUUGAAUAUAAUGCCACCAGGUCAUUUCUGGUAGGUGAAAUAACAAACAUAUAAAUGCCUAUUAUAAUUAAACCAAAUGUAUGUAGAGUAUUGGUAGAUGCAAGGUAAUAAUGUUAGCCAUUAUCAUCCGUUAUACUCUAAAUAUUUUAUUUCAUAAACAAAUAUUGUGGGAAACUGUAAAAUUUCCUUUUUAGCAAACACAGUUUAAGUUCUAAUGAGAUAAGUUACGUUACUAAACAUAGACAUCCUUCGAUCUCAUGUUUCCUGAAAAAGCAUUUGGAAUGUUUGCUGUCUAUAGCUGCACUGUCUGUUACUCGUAUUUAUUUUACCAAAUAUAUUUUUGUCUCAAAAUAUUGUGAUGUCUCAUUAGUUUUGAUACUAUACAAUCUAUAGAAACUCCUCUUCAUGAAUCACCAAUAUUAUUUAGCAAAUUUAGUGUUUUGUUGUUGAUAUUAGAAUCUCAUUUUUUUUCACAAAAAUCAAGUUGCUGCUCAGUUUAUCUUUAACUUGAAUAAUAAUUGUCACUCAGUGCAACCAAAAUUUACGGUUAAAACUUAUCAUUUGGUUCAUCACAAUGUGAGAACAAUGAAUGAGGCUACAUUGCUGGGAGACCUCCAAAACAGAUUCUCCUUCUCCUUUACUCUCAGAAAUUUUCUUCAAGUGCUAAAGGUACAUUUUCACUAGGAAAAGAAAUCGAACAGCUUAUGCAAUAUUCUAUUUGUAUGUAUCUCCAUAAGGUUCUAUGAUAUAUGUAAGCCUUCUUGGUUGUUUUCUGGUAUCUGUUAGGUUGUACCUUAAUUAGAAGGUAGUGUAUGUUUCAUAAAGAAAAGUCUUUAUAAUUUUGUUUGUCAUAUAGUAUUUUGGAAUUUGUAUAAUGAGGACGUUUAGAAGCCAUAUCAGUGGCUUUUUUUAACAGAUAGAACUUGUAUUUUUAUUGUACUUUAAAAAGCUUUAUGUAAUAGGUAUAUAUUUAGUGGCCAUUUAUUAUCAAUGGUAACAUAAUAAAAUACUUAAGAUGGUAUUUGCACAUUUAAGAUACAUUACUUUACCAGUUUUUAAUGGUAAUCAGGUAAUCAAUUCUGCUACUGGCAUGAUUAAACAGUCCACAAUUGGUCAUUGAUUAUGAAAAUUUGUUUCACCAGUGCAUUUUUAUGAAGAUCCCGUUGAAAAUUGUAUUUCUAUGUAAACUCAAUGAUAUGUUUGAUUUUACUGAGAAUAAAUGAUUUUAAUUAAACUGUA